UUAUUAUAUUGGGGGGAUUUUUCUCGAAGCCGACGAAAAAGAAAGUAGAACAAAAUUUUUUGGUGCACGUGCACAAAUUAAGUGUUUUUUCUCUUUAUAAACCCAAAAUAUAUAAGAACAUUUAGUUAAAAUAUGACACAAGAAGUCUAUGAGCCGACAGACAUUACUCCAGACAAGGAUGGGGGAGUUAUAAAACAGAUUUUACGUGCGGGAGAGGGGAACGAUAGUCCUGUACCGGGGGACAAAGUGUCUGUUCAUUAUGUGGGGACUUUGGAAGAUGGGACACAAUUUGAUUCCAGUCGAGAUAAAGGAGAAUACUUUGAAUUCGAUCUUGGAAAAGGGAGUGUUAUCAAAGCAUGGGAUUUGGGAAUUGCAACCAUGAAAAAAGGAGAACUAGCAAAGUUCACCUGCAAACCAAAGUAUGCCUAUGGAGAAACAGGGUCUUUACCAAAGAUUCCAGGCAAUGCUACCCUGAUUUUUGAAGUGGAACUCUUCAGUUGGAAAGGUGAAGAUUUAUCACUGAAGGCUGAUGGGUCCAUUAUUCGACAUAUAACUACAAAAGGAAAAGGUUGGAAAAAUCCAAAUGAAGGAGCACAGGUUAAGGUACACUAUGUUGGUAGACAUGGAGAGAAUGUAUUUGAAGAUCGACAGGUAGAAUUUAGUAUCGGGGAUGGAGUCAUGUCUAAUGUCAUAGAAGGAUUAGAAAUAGCUAUUAAGAGAAUGAAAGAGGGAGAAAAAUGUCGUCUAGACAUCAAAUCAAGUAUGGCUUAUGGAUCUAAAGGGAAUUCGGAGCUAGGAGUACCUCCAAAUGCAGACCUUGUGUAUGAUGUAGAACUACUAAGCUUUGAAAAUGCAAAAGAGAGCUGGGAAAUGGAGCCCCAUGAGAAACUGGAGCAGUCUGUCAUGGCUAAAACAAAGGGAACAAAAUUUUUCAAGGAAGGCAACUACAAAAUUGCAAUGAAAUACUAUGAUAAAUGUCAGAAGAACUUGGAGUUUGAAACAACACUGAAAGGUGAUGAUGAAGAAAAGAGGAAAGAAAUCAUUGUGCUAGCUCAUCUGAACAUGGCCAUGUGUCAGCUGAAGAUGGAGCAGUACUUUAAGGCUAGGGACCACUGUAAUAAAGCUCUGGAGUUGGAUGCUAAGUGUGUUAAGGCCUACUUCAGGAGGGGGCAGGCAUACUUUGCUGAAAAUGAUUUUGACUUAGCAAAGAAGGAUUUUGAGAAGGUUUUAGAGUUAGAGCCUGACAAUAAAGCUGCCAGGAACCAGGCAAAAAUUUGUGAACAGAAGAUCAAGCAGUUUGACAAAAAGGAGGCUCAUAAAUAUAAGGGAAUGUUCGACAAAUUUGCUGCCGAGGACGCAAAAAAGACUGACGGCGAGAAGAGUAAAAGUGAAUCUAAGUAGAGAAUUCCAAGACAAAUACGUGAAGAAGGAUACCUAUAACAAAACCUACCACAGUGAAUGCUGAAGUUAGACAUAUUUGUUUAUUGUUCUUCUUCUGUGUUUCUUAGUGCCAUUGGUUGUACAGCUGUAAAUCGUGACUUUUAUUAUCUCAUCACAUCCAUAGAAAAAAAAAUCAACUUUAUCUCGGUGUUUACACGUUUCUUACCUAUUUCAUAGAUGAAAUGUGACAGUGCAAGUUCUAUGUUACAAGUUAAAAAAAAUUUGUACUUUACAAUUUUUAUUUUACAUCUGACAAAUAAAUGAAAUUAAAAUUAGUUCGAAUUUUCA